AUGUGAAUGGGUGAAGGGUUUCCGUCCUAAGUCCUAUAAAUCCAAGACUGGAGGGGCUCAUCAGAACACCAAACCAGGGAAACAGAGAGGGAUAGAGCUUGGCUAGAGAUUGAGAGAAACAGAGAGGAGAGAGUAGAUCUGCAGGUUUCUGUUUGGUAAGAAGAUGGAGGGGAAGUGUGUAAAGGGAGCUCUGGUGAUGAUCAUGGUGGUUGGGCUGGUUGCAGGGCAGACAACAGCAGAUUCUUUCAAGGAUUGUUACGUCAAAUGCUUCCUUCUCUGUCUCAUCACACCAAACACCACCGCCUUGUCUUGUUCUUGGCAAUGUCUGAAGGAAUGUAUCACUCCCCCCUUUCUUUCUGAUGAUGCCCAUUACUACUGCAGUCUUGGUUGUGCUUCAUCUCUCUGUACCAAUCUCAGCACCAAGAAGAAACCAGGUGCAGAGGAUGUGGAAGGCUGUGUGAACGGCUGCUCUCGGAUGUGCAGGAAGAAGUACUAGUCCUAGUCUCCAGACUCUCUCCACUGUGAGCUUGAGGUCUUGAAUGAUUUGUUUUAUUACAUAGAAAUAUAGAGGAAGGACUGAUGAAGAUGCCAAUUUCAGUUUUUAUCUGUUUGUCUGUGACUCACAAACUUUAAAUAAAGAAUGUAAGCACGCAGCGCCAAGUAUGGUUUGUCUUA